UUUGGAAAUGAAACACCGCGGAAGCCAUUGCGAUACGCUGCCUGAGUUACAGACGGAGCAGGACAGCGGCUGACCCGGUGCCAAGAAACAUGGUCUCCUAUUGGUAAAGAUUCACAUAUAAGCGAUGGCUUCUGGAGACCUUCAGCCUGAGGAACCCAAACAUGAAGACACAGGGCCACCAGAGACCAGGACGCUCAAGAAAAAGAAAAAAAGGAUGAAGGGGGUGGCGGGAGAUUCCGGAGAGACGGACGGGAAACAGGAGCGUUCCUGCACUUCUCAGGCUGAGAUAGAACAUCUCACCAAACAAGGACACAAGAGUCUUCUGUCUGGGGAUUACCAUCUCGCCCUGUCCAGCUUUAAAAAGGCGUUUCUGCUUUCUCUGGACACCAAGGUGAAGACCGUCCAGAAGGCCUGUGCCUUCAACCUUGGCGCCGCGUACGUGGAAGCGGGGAAACCAGAAAAGGGCUUGGAGUUUCUCCUGAAAUCCCAACCUAGAGACGGAGAAGGCGGUAACUCGGGGGAUCUUCAUUUUAACCUGGGCUCUGCCUACGAGUCCUUGCAGGACUUCCCGAAAGCUCUUGAACAUUUUAGGAAGGCCAUUCCACUUUAUCAGCCUACCCAAAGAGGUAGCCAGGCCGAUUCGCACAUGAAGAUGGGCUACUGCUAUUUGGGGAUGAAGGACGUGGCCCGCGCGGCUCAGUGCUUCCAGGACGCCGGGGAUAUUUAUCUGGAAGUCCAGAAGCUGGACACGGCGGCCCUAGCCCUUAACGAGGCCGCCAGCUACAUGCUACAGAGCCAGCGUUACGACCCGGGCCACGUUCUCCAAAUUCUGAACGAGAUUCGAAUGUUGUGCGAUCACAUCGCCAAAAAGGACCUAUUGGGUAAAUUGUACAAUGACAUUGGUUUGAGUUAUGCCCAGCUAAAGGUGUUCUCGCUGGCUGCUGAGUGCUUCGAGAGAGCGCUUCACUUCUGCCAGGAGUGUGGAAGAGACAGGCACAAGGAAGCGGUCGUGCUGCAGAACCUGGGGGCUGCGUACAAUACCCUGGAGGAGUUUGAAGAAGGCUUAAUGUAUCAUAACAAGGCUGCGUCGCUGCACAGCUUCUUGGGUAACCGUCGGGCUCAGGGGCAGUGUUUCGGAAACAUGGCUUAUGCUCUGAGCCAACUAGGGGACCACGAAGGUGCCGGAGAGAAUUACCUUCAUUCCCUGCAAGCUUUUAAGGAUUCAGGUGAUGUCCAUGGCCAGUGGCAAGCGUGCGAAGGGCUUGGAGCGGCCAGUUUCCAUCUCGGAGAUCCAGAGAAGGCCGUGUCUUAUUACAAGCAAGCUCUGGCGUUGCUCUCCAAAGCCAAGGAAGUUUCUGAUGUGGUUCAGGAGCGGAUCGUGAACAAACUUACAGACGCUCUGCAGCAUAAGUUGUCCAUAAACAGUGCCCUUUCCCACGUCGGUGGAAUUAAUCCAGCUGCACCUCUCAAGCCCUUUCCUGGUAAUCGAAAAGGAACGAGCCAAAUCAGAUUCACUACAGACGCGAUAAACAGACAUACGGACGAACCGCAGAGCGUCAUACACCAAAGCCAGCCGUCCUACAGGGUGAUGAAAUCAAAGGUUCCUCAGCCUGACAUUGAGCUUAGCAGACCUACGGAAAACAAAUGUAAAUCAGGAGACGAAGACAGCAUCUUGACAGACAAUGGUCAGUGUUCAGAAGAAAGUACAAAAUCAGCUCACGUUGGAAGCAAUGGAGGAUACGAAAUUGAAGAUCUGUCGACAGAUGCAGAGGAAGACGACCUGGACUCGGACGCUUUCACGGUGGUAACAAACGAAAACUCGGAAGAUUCCGAGAUACCAGACUCAGCAGCUGUCUCCAGUAGAAGUUACCCUCAGGCCAACAGCAAUCUGAAUAAUACAUACCUGCAUCCAGACCCAUUCUACCAGAACGGCAACCACAGCGGCACUUUAAAGAACACUCAGAAAAGUAAUCAUGAUUAUGAGACCCUAAAGCUGAUGACAAUGAAAUCAGAAAGGGGCGCAGACGGACCCUCUGAUGCUCUCCAUGUCCCUAGACCCGAGGCGACUUCCCAAAAACAAGAGAAAUCAAAGAUGUGCCGCCUCAUGUGAACUUUAUUCUGGCAGAAACUGUCCAAGAUAAGGAGGAGUCUGAAGUGCAUUCCCUGCCGCUGUUUUCUGUGUUCUCUGUGAAUCUGAUUUUCUAGAGAAACUACAGGAUCUGGAAUUCUAUUAUAGAUGAGAAUGACUGCUACUGGUAACCAGACCGGUUCAGUUAUGACACCAGCAUUCAUUUAUAUAUGUUUCUAAAGAUGGCUGCUCACCGGACGAGGACCUGUGGUCAUCACCCAAUGGUUGAAAGAAUAUGGAAACCACCUUGAGUCAUGGGUGAUGGCCGGCACACUUAACAAAUCCAGAAACGACUAUCCUCAUAAUUAAAGAGAAAAACUUUAAAAAUGUA